CAGACAACAACAGUGACAGAUCAAGACCGCAUUUCUGACAGUUUGCAGCCAGCUAUGGGUGCAGUCUGAGGAGAGAAAAAAAGUGGACACAGUAGCGCACCGCAAUAUACCUCGAAGUUUCAUCCUCAUGAAGGAGCUCCGUCCUGGCUGAGUUUGGGAGAUGGGAGUACUCAACAUUGUAGACCAGCCUCCUCUGGUCCAGGCCAUCUUCAAUCGUAAUGCUGAAGAAGUUCAACUAUUAUUGCACAAUAAGGAGGAUGUCAAUGCACUGGACCAAGAGCGCCGUACGCCACUUCAUGCUGCUGCCUGUGUGGGUGAUGUCCAUAUAAUGGACCUCCUCAUUGAAUCAGGUGCCAGUGUAAAUGCUAAAGACCAUGUAUGGUUGACCCCGUUGCACAGGGCAGCUGCCUCUAGGAAUGAAAGGGCAGUGGGUCUGCUGCUGAGGCGCGGAGCAGAGGCAAAUGCACGAGACAAGUUCUGGCAGACACCACUACAUGUGGCUGCCGCCAACCGUGCCACACGCUGUGCAGAGGCCCUGCUAACCCAGCUGAGCAACCUGAACAUGGCAGAUCGCACCGGCAGAACUGCGCUGCACCACGCAGCUCAGAGUGGGUUCCAGGAGAUGGUGAAGCUGCUGCUGAACAAAGGGGCCAACCUGAGUGCCAUCGAUAAGAGGGAGAGACAGCCUAUCCAUUGUGCUGCUUACUUGGGGUAUGUGGAGGUUGUGAAGUUGCUGGUGUCUCGCAGUGCAGACAAGUGCUGCAAGGAUAAGCAGGGCUACACACCUCUCCACGCUGCUUCUGCAAGUGGUCACCUCGAAAUUGUAAAGUACCUACUGAGGACGGGGACUGAGAUUGAUGAGCCCAAUGGCUUUGGAAACACUGCGCUCCAUGUGGCUUGCUACAUGGGACAGGAGGCUGUUGCUACCGAGCUGGUGAACCACGGAGCUAACGUUAACCAGCCCAACAAGUGCGGCUACACCCCUCUGCACCUGGCCGCCGUCUCUACCAACGGUGCCCUCUGUCUGGAGUUGCUGGUCAACAAUGGGGCAGAUGUCAACCAGCAGAGCAAAGAAGGGAAGAGCCCCCUGCACAUGGCAGCCAUUCACGGACGCUUCACACGCUCUCAGAUCCUCAUCCAAAACGGUGGGGAAAUUGAUUGUGUGGAUAAGUAUGGCAAUACUCCUCUCCACGUUGCUGCUAAGUACGGCCAUGAACUUCUGAUCAGCACUCUGAUGACCAACGGAGCAGACACAGCCAGACGUGGGAUCCACGGAAUGUUCCCCUUGCACUUAGCUGUGCUGUACGGGUUUUCAGACUGUUGUCGCAAGUUACUCUCCUCAGGUCAGCUGUAUAGUAUAGUUUCAUCCAUGAGUAAGGAGCAUGUACUAUCUGCUGGGUUUGACAUAAACACCCCUGACAACUUUGGGAGGACCUGUCUACACGCUGCUGCCUCUGGAGGAAAUGUUGAAUGUCUGAACUUGCUCUUAAGUAGCGGUACCGACUUGAAUAAGAGGGACAUAAUGGGAAGGACUCCGUUGCACUAUGCGGCUGCUAAUGGGAGGUACCAGUGCACUGUGACCCUGGUGAGCGCUGGCGCUGAGGUCAACGAGCCUGACCAGACAGGCUGUACUCCCCUGCACUACUCUGCCGCCUCCCAAGCCUUCAGCAGAGUUGAUCGUCAUUUUUCUGGGAACCAUCAGAAUGAUGAGGAUGAGGCCAAGGAGUCAUACUUCUGCUUGGAGCAUCUUUUGGACAAUGGUGCUGAUCCAUCGAUGGUCAACUCAAAGGGUUACAGUGCUGUUCACUAUGCAGCUUACCAUGGCAACAAACAAAACCUGGAGCUGCUCCUGGAGAUGUCCUUUAAUGCACUAGGAGACAUAGAGAGCAGUAUACCAGUCAGUCCUCUGCAUCUUGCUGCUGAUAAGGGUCACUGGCAGGCUCUGCGUGUGCUGACAGAAACUGCAGCUUAUGUGGAUAUGCAGGACGCUGCAGGCCGUUCUGUGCUCUACUUGGCCGCCCAGAAAGGCUACGCCCGCUGUGUGGAGGUGCUGUUGGCUCAGGGGGCCUCCUGUCUCCUCAACGACAACCGUCUCAUGUGGACUCCAAUUCAUGUUGCAGCUGCCAAUGGUCACUCUGACUGCCUGCGCAUGAUGAUUGACUACGGGGAGGAGGGGGAUCUCACCAACGUCGCAGACAAAUUUGGCCAGACCCCUCUAAUGUUAGCUGUUCUGGGAGGUCACACUGACUGUGUUCACUACCUGUUGGAGAAGGGUGCCUUGCCAGAUUCAAAGGACAAGAGGAGCAGCACAUCUUUGCACAGAGGGGCGGUGUUGGGCCAUGACGACUGUGUGACAGCCCUGCUGGAGCACAAAGCUUCUGCACUGUGUCGGGACAUCCAGGGUAGGACACCGCUGCACUACGCAGCAUCCAGAGGCCACACGGAGAUCCUGGCCAGUCUGGUGCAGGCCGCCAUGGCAACAGACCCACAAGAUAAACUGCUGGACAACAAACAAUACACCCCAUUACACUGGGCUGCUUACAAAGGGCAUGAAGACUGUUUGGAGGUUUUACUUGAAUUUAAAACAUUUAUCCAUGAAGAGGGAAACCCUUUCACCCCCCUGCACUGUGCUCUGAUGAAUGGCCACAGCGGUGGUGCAGAGAGGCUGCUUGAAUCUGCUGGGGUCCACAUGAUUAACACCAGAGAUGCCAAAGGAAGGACCCCACUGCAUGCUGCUGCAUUUGCUGAGGAUGUUGCAGGACUUCAGCUGGUGCUUCGCCACGGGACAGAGAUCAAUGCAGUGGACAUAACCGGACGCUCUGCUCUGAUGGUAGCUGCUGAUAAGGGACACAGUGGCACAGUGGCCAUCCUUCUUCACCGGGCCAAGGCUGACCUGACACUGCUGGAUGAGAACAGGAACACUGCCCUGCACCUGGCCUGCAGCAAGGCUCAUGAGAUGUGUGCCCUGCUGAUUCUGGGAGAGAUUCACAGUCCCACUCUUAUAAAUGCCACCAACAGUGCUCUGCAAAUGCCGCUCCAUCUUGCAGCACGUAAUGGCCUGGCUACGGUGGUGCAGGCACUGCUGAGUAGAGGAGCCACUGUGCUGGCUGUGGAUGAGGAAGGCCACACUCCAGCUCUGGCCUGUGCUCCCAACAAAGACGUGGCUGACUGCCUGGCUCUGAUCCUCUCUACCAUGAAGCCUUUCCCCCAGCGGGACCCUUCCUCCUGCUCCUGCUCCUCUCCCACCGUCUCCCCCUCCCCGGGUCUCAACUUGCUGAAGCACUGCGGCAUCACCGCCGCCUGCGCCCCCUUGCCCAGCAACGGCCUCCACAACGGCUACGUCAAAGACCGUCACGGUGCACCGGUUGGCCUGGACGGGUGUCUGUCUGAGUGAGGUCUUUUGUGGGCCCCCCCCCCCCGCUCAGUCAGCUGCUAUCACCAUCAUCACCACCAGGGGGCGACUCCCUUUAACAUGGCCCAGAGGACCAGGAGAGCACCCGCCCACAUGUCUGUUCUCUGUGUAUGUAUGUGUUUGUGCGUCUGUGUGUGCGUGAGUGUUUGGUCUUCUCUUGAGGUGCAGUCAAACCUAAUAUGCAAUUAGAUCCCAUUCCUCCAUCUCCUAGUAGUGCUUAAUACAUUGAGGCUGACUGCUCUACAAGGUCACUCAGAUGAAGUGUGGCAUCCGAAAACAAACACUAGCAAUCUGGCCAUCUCUAAAAAUCAUUUAACCCUUUAAAACCAUGUCGAACAUAAUUAUAUAACCGACGUCUAAGAGCAUGGAAAUCUCUGUAUCCUCGACUUGUCUUUUUCUCUUCAUAUCAUUCAAUAUAAAUGUCAUAUCAUGUUUAAUCAGUUGUGGUGACCUUGUAGAGGA